AUGAAUUUGGCUGUCGAUUCAGCCGACAAACUUACAGAGCUGCUUUGGCAAGAUGCUUUGCGACACCUGAGCUCUACAAACAACGAAGUCCUCCUGCCGGUCAAUGUGACUGAAAUGAUCGGGAACGACAAUGUCAAUAAAAUAAAGACCAGGCUCCGUGCGCUCAUUGAUGCUCCAGUCGUGGCAUUCGUUGACGAGACGAUCAAUGCUCUCCGUGUGAUGCGGACUCCUAGCUUCUCAGGUUCAUCGGUCUCUGUCGCAUCUCAUGGAAGACUGAACAUUCUCAAAAGAGAAGCUACAGACUCAUCUGCAAAUCCCCAUGGGAGGAUAAUGCCUGCCAAACAACCCAAGGUCCCUCGUCCACCCAAUGCAUUUAUACUUUACCGCCAGCAUCAUCAUCCUUCGGUGAAGGGAGCGUAUCCUAGUCUGUCCAACAAUGAAAUCUCAAUAAUGCUUGGGAAGCAGUGGAAAGCCGAAACUGAGACAGUCAAAAUGCAAUUCCGCAACAUGGCCGAAGACCUCAAGAGAAAACACACCGAAGAGCACCCCGACUACCACUACACACCACGCAAACCAUCCGAGAAGAAGCGACGCGCUCCUUCUCGCCACCACGCCAAACCAGCCCAACAACUGCCCACCCCGUCAGACACCACGUCCUCCACGCCAGGCAUACACGACGCAGCCAUCCCAACAACCACCAGCCCGCCCACAGCCGCAGUGGCGAGCACAAGCGAGAGCCCGACCGGCCUGGAGACGCUCGACUUCGACACCGACAUCUUCGGGCAGCUCGUGCAGCAGGUACAGGGCGAAUUCAACUUUGGAGAGAGUGCCUUUGCGUUUGGGGUGCCUUCUGGCGAGCCGUUUGAGUUCUCGGACUAUGUGACGGAUUGUUACUAG